AUGGUGCCCAUAGAAGAGGCGGACGAGGUUCAGAGGGACGAGGGCUGCUGGACAUCAGCCAAGGGCUUUGGGUUUCAGAAGAUGCCAGAUGAGAUCUAUCUGGAACAGCAGCACAACCUUUCUUCACCCUCCGUGGAGUUCCUGCAGGAGACCAGCGUGGCGCGCAGCCCUGCCCUUAUGGCCUUAACAGAGACUGCUCCGGGGUCCCAGGCAAGCUGGUCUCUCCUCCUGCCCUCCUCUUCAUCUGCCAUUGCUUUGGACACCACCUUUUUAAACGAUGGUCCACAGACCCCAAGCGCAGCAGAUCCCAGCAUCUUUGUGGCGAAUUAUGGCUCAGUGAUGAGUAAUGAGGUAGCCAUCGAUGAGGAGGAAAUGGAUAACUGUCUACCAGAGGCUCCCUGGACCACUUCACAGAUGGUUUUCCCACUGCAGGAUCUCACCACCAGCCCGCCAGAGCCACCCCGGGAAACGCCCGCGCCUCUGCUCACCCCAUCCAGACCCACAAUUUCUUUGCUGGGUGAAGAAGUGACUUCAGCCUGGCGAAACACACUGCAGCCAUCAGGGGCAUAUGCUGAAUCCUCCAGUCACUUCAACACUUUUGGGUCAGCUUUUCCCACCUCCGAGGGCUUCAUGCCAACUCCUAGUAGGAAUGUGGUGCUUUAUCCUACUCCUGAAAUUCACAGCCAGUUAUCAAGUAGGACUUUGCCAGAAUUUUCAGCUUCAGUAAUGGAGGAGGCAGCAACUCUCCUUUUUAGCAUCCCAUCUUUGAUGCCUCAGCCGUCAGGCGAUGGCAUGACUCAACAGCCAUCUGUCCCCCCGAGGGAGGUCUCGCCGCCUCUAGAAGAUGUCCUGGCCACGAGCGCAGAUCGGUAUCCGGCUAGGACCUCUGCUUGGAGUCAACAUCUAGAAGAAACCACCCCUCCAAAAGUGUAUCCCACUGUCACUGUGUCGCGGACAGCCCCUGCUUUGAGCAGCAUACCUUUUGCUUUAUUUUCAGACUCUUUGGCAUUUGUGUCCUCUGCUAGCCAGUCAGCGGAUGUGUCCCACAGCCCCUUCCUUUCGAGCAGUGCUGGCGGCGCGUCUGAACUGCCUGGCAGUUCUGUGGUCUCCCCUUGUGUGGAUAACACGUGUGUCUUGAGCCCAGUGGCCGCUCUCCGAACGCACACGUGGUGCACGUCUUGUGCUGAGAUGUCACCUCAGCCGGGUCUGGCCACGAGUCUUACGGGGAAAGACCUGGGGUCAGGAGAUGAGCCAGAGACCAUGACCACAGCCAUGGUGGACCGAAGCCACUCUCCAUGGAGCAGUGUGGGUGCAGAGCUCUCUGCAUUUGAAGAAAAUCCUCAAGAGUUUAAUACGCUUUUCCCCUCCAGGCCUGUUCUGUCCCUUUCUUCCAGAUCUGUGGACAUCUUAGACUCAAGCUCUGGCAUGUCAGCUAGGGUGGAUGUGGACACUGUUACCACCACCCACGGGUCCCCUUCCCAUGUCUGCUUCUCCCCAUCUGUGUCACCUGAUCCUGCUUUGGACUCUUCCUCUGUCACCCAGGCCCAAGAGACACCAUUCAGUGUGACAGCUGUGUUCCCCUCUGUGGUCCCGAGUAUUUCCCUUGACUUGUUUUUCUCAGUCACGUCCAACCAAAAUACUCCAUCACAUGCUGGCAGAGACCCAACCCCGCUGACCUCUUAUAGUUUGGUUGGCUUAGUGGAGUCUAUACAUAUGUCUGACCAAGAAUCUACCAGUGUUUUUGAACAUGGAUCGGGCUUUUAUUCAACCCCACCUCUGGAGCUCAGCAGCCCAGGCCCUUCUACUUCAGGGGGUCUUGCUUCUCCCUCUGGGAUGUCAAGUGAUCUGUCCGCCUUCAAGUUGCAGACCUUCCCCACCCUGGUUGAGACUCUUGCAUUGUCUGUCAGCUCGCAGUCAUCUCCACUUUCUGUUCUGAAUUCCUCAAACCUGGAGUCUCUUCAGCCCUGGCCAAGUUCAGAGGUGGCUUUCAACACAGUCACUUUUCUAUGGAACCUCUCUGCCGCAUCGCCAUUACUCUCAAGCUCCCCCUGGGACUCUCUCAAGUUCACCAAAGCAUCGACCAGUUUGCCAAUGGAGUCAGAUGCUCAUUUUACCUCAGCUUUUACUGAAACUACCUCCACCUCUGAGCUUCCUCUCAUUCCCCACGAAUCUGAACUCAUCACAUUCGUGCACGCCACCGGCUCUGAGCCUGUUCUCGACCUCUCUUCUACCGAGACUUACUUCCUGCCCAUGUCUCCUUCUUCCCAUUGGACACCCAUUUUUAUGGAGUCUUUUCUAUCCUCAACUUUGACACCUUCCAAUAGCCAUAUCCACACUACAGAUGCACACACAUUGGGCUCCCCCUCCUCCAAAGUUACUCCCAGCAGUACAGAGUUGUUGACCCAUGUGACCCUGUCAUCUGUCUCCUCAUUGGUUCCUGAGUUGAGUCCCUCCCCUCUGCCUACAGAGACAGUCCCCAUGCGUCCAUCCUCCACACCCACAGAUUUCUUUCCAAAUUCCUCCCCUGCGCCAAGCACGCCCAGUACCACUGUUGUCAUAGAGGAUGCAGUGGACACUGGCCCCAACAGUGAUCGUGUAAGCGAGAACCCCCAGGGGAGCAGUGUGGCUCCUCCUCCGCCAUCCUUCGGUCCCUGGACCACCUCCAUUCCUGAAGCAACAGUGGGGCUCCCAGCACUGGUCACCACCAAGCCACCGUAUGUGUGUGAUAUUACAGUUCCGGACGCUUACUUGAUCACGACUGUGCUGGCCCGUCGGGCGGUGCAGGAGUACAUCAUCACGUCAAUUAAGGAAGUGCUGAGGAUCCACUUCAGCAGGGCAGUGGAGCUAAAGGUGUAUGAACUAUUUCCUGACUUCACAUUCCUGGUAACAUCUGGACCUUUUGUUUACACGGCAAUAUCAGUCAUUAAUGUCCUCAUCAAUAGUAAACUUGUCCGAGACCAAACUCCUUUAAUCCUGUCUGUGAGACCUUCCUUCCUCGUGCCCGAGUCCAGGUUCCAAGUUCAAACAGUGCUUCAGUUUGUGCCUCCAAGUGUGGAUACUGGUUUUUGCAACUUCACCCAGCGCAUUGAGAAAGGUCUGAUGACGGCGCUCUUUGAAGUGAGAAAACAUCAUCCAGCCCCCUACAACCUCACGGUGCAGAUCUUGAACGUGACUGUUGGUUCUUCGAGGAUGGCUCCUCGGCGGGGCCCAGUGAAUAUUAUCUUUGCUGUUAGAGGCACACAAGGAUUUUUGAAUGGGUCAGAGGUGAGCGAGCUGCUCAGGAACCUGAGUGUGGUGGAAUUCAGCUUCUAUCUGGGGUACCCGGUGCUGCAGAUUGCAGAGCCUUUCCAGUACCCACAGCUCAACUUGUCUCAGUUAUUGAAGUCUUCUUGGGUCAGAACAGUGGUCCUGGGCUUAAUUUAAAAGCAAAUGAAUUCAGAGAUCCUUAGACAUGACCCAGAUGGAGUCCCCCAUGAAAUCAUGGAAUUGCUGAUUUAUCAGAAGUUUCCUGUGGUGAAGGUGCUAAUGAUUUCUGCUGUCUCUCAGGUGGUAAACGUGUCCAGGCUGGAGGGAGAUGACAACCCAGUACAGCUCAUCUACUUCGUGGAGGAUCAAGAUGGAGAGAGACUCAGUGCAGCUAAGUCUUCAGAUCUGAUCAACAAGAUAGACCUUCAAAGAGCAGCCAUUAUCCUGGGGUACCGAAUUCAAGGCGCAAUUGCCCAGCCCGUGGACAGGGUGAAGAGACCGUCCCCAGAGUCUCAGAGCAACAACCUGUGGGUCAUCGUGGGCGUGGUCAUCCCGGUGCUGGUGGUCAUGGUGAUCGUCAUCAUCCUCUACUGGAAACUCUGCCGCACGGACAAGCUGGACUUUCAGCCUGACACGGUGGCCAACAUCCAGCAGAGGCAGAAGCUGCAGAUCCCAAGUGUGAAGGGCUUCGAUUUUGCUAAGCAGCAUCUGGGCCAGCAUAAUAAAGAUGACAUCUUGAUUAUUCAUGAGCCCGCACCGCUGCCAGGACCAGUGAAGGAGCACACCACACCCUCUGAGAACGGAGACGUGCCCAGCCCCAAGGCCAAGAUCCCCGCCAAGAACGCCCGCCACAGAGGAAGAGUCUCCCCCUCAGAUGUGGACUCGACGGUCAGCGAGGAGUCCAGUGAAAGGGACGUGGGGGACAAGACGCCAGCCGUGGUCCCUGAGGGCAAGGCCCACCGAGCCCCACAGAGCGCACCCCCACUUCCCAGUUCAGGGACGGAGCAGCACUCCUCCGCUUCCAUCUUUGAGCAUGUGGACAGGCUCUCGCGCUCGUCUGAGGCCAGCCGGCGGGUCCCCAGUAAGGUGCAGCUGAUCGCCAUGCAGCCCAUCCCGGUGCCCCCUGCCCAGAACCCCGUGCUGGCCAGCCGAGUGGCUGAGACCAACAAGAUCAACAAGGAGAUUCAGACGGCGCUGCGGCACAAAUCCGAGAUUGAGCAUCACCGCAACAAGAUCCGGCUGCGUGCCAAGAGGCGCGGCCAUUACGAGUUCCCGGUGGUGGACGACCUGUCCUCGGGGGACACGAAGGAGCGGCACCGCGUGUACCGCCGCGCACAGAUGCAGAUCGACAAGAUCCUGGACCCUACGGCCAGCGUGCCCUCGGUGUUCAUCGAGCCCCGGAAGAGCUCGCGGAUAAAGCGUUCACCCAAGCCGCGCCGGAAACACCAGGUGAACGGGUGCCCGGCCGACGCGGAGAAGGACCGGCUCAUCACCACCGACAGCGACGGCACCUACCGUCGGCCGCCCGGGGUGCACAACUCGGCCUACCUGGGCUGCCCGUCUGAUCCUGACCUCCCGGCCGAGGUGCAGACGCCAUCGUCCACCGAGCUGGGCAGGUAUCCGGGCCUGCCCUUCCAGGCCUCGCAGUACAUCCCGCCGCAGCCGUCCAUCGAGGAGGCCCGCCAGACCAUGCACUCCCUCCUGGACGACGCCUUUGCCCUCGUGGCCCCCAGCAGCCAGCCCGCCAACGCGGCGGGCCCGGGCCCAGGGGCCCCAGCCGGCCUGCCCGUCAGCAACACCCCUUCCCGGGAAGAAAGGCGAGCCGCCCAAUGGGGAUCCUUCUACAGCCCAGCCCAGACAGCCAACAAUCCCUGCAGCCGAUAUGAAGAUUAUGGUAUGACUCCCCCGUCUGGCCCAUUGCCAAGACCAAAUUUUGGCCCUGGGUUGCUGCCGUCUUCAGAGGUGGUGGCCUCCGAGCCCCCACAGCCUCAGGCAUCAGCCGAAGCUCCGUUUGCUGCCCGAGGGAUCUACUCUGAAGACAUGCCGUCGGUGGCCCGGCCUCGGCCUGUCGGGGGUACGACAGGCUCCCAGAUCCAGCACCUGACGCAGGUGGGGAUUGCUAGCCGAAUCGGGGCCCAGCCCGUGGAAAUCACACCUGGAAGAGGCAGCCAGUACAGUGGACCAGGCUGGCCUGCGUAUGCGGAGGAGGAAGCGGGACGAAGAGAAGCCGUGCCAAGGACUUCGGGCAGGGAGCCCUCGGCUCCGCCCGGGAGCCUCGCACCCCGGGGACUGCAGGGCCCUGGGCUGGGGUACCCCACCAGCUCCACCGAGGACCUCCAGCCCGGCCACUCCUCAGCCUCACUCAUCAAAGCGAUCCGCGAGGAGCUCCUGCGGCUCUCCCAGAAACAGAGCGCCGUGCCCAACUUCCACAGCUGAGGCCUCCCCUCUGCAGCUUUGCCAAGUAUCCGCUUCCCGUGGAAGCAAGAUCAACAGGAACUGGACUGAGCGCGUGCGUGCUUGGAACAGGAAACGAGUGUCAUCUAUCUCCCAGGGCCCGCUGCCCACCCGAGGAAGGGCACAAGGUUCAGUGCUAGAAGAUGCCACCGGUCGCACACCAACCCCUGAGACUUUUAUACUAAGUUGAUAAGGCGGUUCAGUUCAGCAGAUGUGUACUUUUGGCCCAAAGCUAGCAGAACUUCACAAAAACAAAACACAAACCCAAGCUAACAAAAAACACAUGCUGGUAGUCUGCUUUGUGAAGGUGAAAGGUUAAAGUGUGUCACUGGUUCAAGGCUGAGAGGAGCCAAGCAUGUCCAUGGGCUCACAGAGUCGCGUGCGAUCGUACACUGCUGCUCUGUUUGCUGAGAAGAGAGAUCUGAAGACAUUUUAUUAACUGCUUCAUUCCCUUCUUUUCCUCCAUAGGAACUUAUUUUAAUAAUAUUAACAAGAAUACUAAGACUGUUUGGAAAUAAAACACAAAAAGGUACUCGUGAGAAACCACAUGAUAGAUUGUAGAACCUGAGGAUUCCCAAUGAAGCCAUUGCCUCCAUUUCCAUCCUCUUCUUCCUCUUCCUCCUCCUCCUCCUGGUGCUAAAGUUCAAGGGCCCUUCACUUUUCUGACUGGGAAAUGCAGUGUUGGCUUUUGCAAGUGGGAGACUAUGUUGAAGGUUUCAUUUUGUUCUAGAAAGAACAAAAAAACAAAACAAAUCCUCCCAAAUUGGGGGAGAGGGGAUGACAAGGAGAGGACUUAAUAUUUAUUUGGUUAUUCAAAAAUACAUAUUGAAGUUUAGAUUUGCAUUCUUACUUGUAUUUACUGUUUAUCAGUUGGUUAUGAGCAACUCUUAACCCACGUUAGCACAGCCAUUAGGGUCCAGACCCCAGAGUGAGGCUGUCAGGAAAUCCUAACAUAGAUCCUUGUACUUUGCUAGACAUCUGCUCCCAAGUGAUCUUUAAAUGAGAAGUCAAAUAUGAAAAUACAUUGUUCAUAAU